AUGGAAGAGGCUUCAGAUCCCAAAGCGCCUCGGCGCAAAAGGGUCUCUAGAGCCUGCGAUAGGUGUCGAAGCAAAAAGGACAAAUGCGACGGCGUCCGUCCUUCCUGCUCCGCCUGUCUGGCUUCCGGCCAGACGUGCUCCUACGACCCUCACGCCAAAAAACGUGGCUUGCCUGAAGGAUAUGUUCGUGGCCUAGAGAAGCUCUGGGCCCUCGCCAUAUGCAACAUCGAUGGCUUCGAGGACGCUAUGCUUUCGCUCCUUGGCACGACAGCCGAGUCGACCGGCCGGAGGAAGAGGCUCAUGGCCCUCUGGGGCGAUGAUGGAGCGUCGGAAACACUGCAUGAGUCCUGGAAGACAUGUCGCCUCUACCACGCACUCGAAAAGAUGUUAUCAUCUAACUCAGAGUCUUCAAGCCCCAACGGUUUGGGGAAACGCUCGCGAGACGAAUACAACCGGCUUUCGAGUGAUCCAGGCAACGAGUGGGGGUUUCGUAUAGAUCGAAGCUCGACCCCCUUGUCGCAAGAUGCGCCGCGUGUGGUCGAACCUACUACGCCUCUCACGAAACGGCCGCGUUUAUCCAUGUCAGCGGAUAGCCAACAACCCCCUGUAACUGCAUCCAGCAGCGCGCAACCGCUGCAAAUCCCGCCUCAAACCUCUCAAAUAUUGGAUACGUACUUUGCCACGACGCAUUCCUGGUUUCCAAUUGUUGCUAAACACAACAUCCUGCGUGCAUCUUAUCUCUACGCAAAUUCGCCCUCGGUAUCCAUUGCAAGACUUUCACCAGGGUCUGGCGAUCAUGCUGCGUUGUGGGCCCUCCUUAGUUACACGAUUUCCGUGUCCCCCUUUGGCUCGCAGGACGAGCCAUCAAGGGUUAUAUCGAAAGCAAGAGACUACUACGCCGUUGCUCGAAGUCUGGUGCCUUCGGAAACAGAGCACUACGAACUCGGGCAUGUGCAAGCGCUACUUUUGUUGACACUUGUCAACAUUGGCUUCGAGGACUGGACUGCUGCUUGGAUGCUCAGCGGCCAGGCAGUCCGCAUGGUCAUCUCUAUGGAUAUUACCGACACCCGCAGGUCGGAUGAGAUGAGGCAGGCAAAGGCAGUUUAUCUGGGUUGCUUUGUUGUCGACUCUCUAUUAUCGUUCCGACUAUCACGAAGGCCCAGCAUGCAUCCACGAGAUUUAAUGACUGUUGGCUUGUUAGAAGAAGAUGGCUUGGAGGAAUGGAACUCUUGGGCCGACGUGCUGCCUCCAACCCGCGGCUCCCAGGGCAAGAAUCCGCCCCGUCGAGGGCCCUUACUAGCCCUCAGCUGUUUCAAUCGUCUAGUCGAAUUGGCCAGCGUACUGAACAAGAUUGCUCGUGACUCUGUUUCAGGGCCCAAUGCUCAUCUAUUCGCGCAACAGUUGGUUUCGGAGCUCAAACAAUGGGAUGAUCGUUUGCCAUUGGGCUGCCGACUCAUUGGUCCUGAGAGCAUAUACCCAGAACGGCACUCUGCGUUACUACCACAUCAAACAUACUUGGGUCUGACAUAUGUCGCUACGCUCUUAUGGCUAUACCUCCGAAUCGCUCCUCAGGAACUCGGCCUACACCGAUCCCACCGACCCGCCACUGAGGGAGCAAAGAAACUCCUCUACCGAGCUCUCCCUAUGAUCUCUCAACACCUCGAUAACUUUAAUAUCUGCAGCCUGCCUCCUAUAUUCGAACUAUCUCUACGUACCAUCGCCGAGCAGGCGUUCACCCUCCGAAACAAAAUCGAAAGCGACCUAUUUCCCUUUGGACGGUGGGCCGAAGCCCUCGUCCAGCGAACAACCGAUUUAAGCGCAACAUGGCCUGUCUAUCGCACUUUGACAACCAACAUCGAGCAGUGGUACCGCUCUCGCAGUUUCUCCGGAUCUCCUUCCCAAAAUACUGCCAAUCUCCCUACAAGAGGAAUGAACAAGCCUCCAAACUACAGUCCUUUCCAGCAAAACAGCGUCCUGUCCAUGACAGCAACCGAGCAUCGCGGACUCAAUGGCGAUACUCCGACCCAAGUCCAUGAUAGAAUAAAUUCAUCAGAAGUACCUGUACCUGAUACCGAUUUCACCUCGUCCAUCAUGGGUAUCACCAUCCCAGUCGACGGGCAAUACAUGACCCCCAAGGACACAUUUAUGGAGAACACCGAUAAUACACCCUUCCAACCGCCCCAUAUGGACAGACUCCCGUCGUCCAUGAUGGACAAAUCAGACCCGGCAGCUGAUCUAGACGCAAUGCUUGCGCCGCCCUCCUCCAAUCGACACCCUCCAACACCAGAGUCCUCCGCGUCAAACUCCAUAAUGAUGCCAGUAGCAUCAACCUCUGCCGCAGCCGACAACACCACAUCACAAAUCCAAUCCUCAGACAACCCCAGUCUCGAUGCCAUUUUCAAGGACCUAGCGUACCUCGAUACAACGGAAUGGGCGAACAGCCGCGAAGCAGGGCUCAAGGACUUUGGAUUCAUUGACGAUUCUACGUUCCAGGCCUUUUGUCAUGACCCUGACCGUCUUGCGGGCUCGCAGCCGCUAGUACAUCCGCCCUCGAUCGCGGAUAUCUGGCCGCCGCCGGGCUUCUUCCCGGAGACGUUCCAGGACUCUACGGAGGCGAUGGAGACUUAG